AUGAUUACACAAGUUCCCAGGGCUUCAGUUGCGCUGAUCUACUUGGCGGGUUUCUCACUGGUCAUCUUCAUCGUUUUUGUCGCGCCUGCGACGGCUGAGAAUGGGUACCCGUCCGAAGGAGUAGCCUUCAUGGGAUACAGCCUCAUUUUCGUAAUGAAGGCUUUCGUGGGCGAGCAGAGUCUCCGAAAGCAGUUCAAAGCCAGACAAGCCAUCGAGACGGCGAAGACGCGCAUCGAAGGGAUCUUGGAUUCCAUGAUGCCGAAGCUGGUUAUCAAUGAGCUGCAGCGAGCAUCUCACGAUGAUUCCCUGCCGUCUCAUCAUUAUUUUCGGGCGACCGUGGUGCAGUCUGACUUGGCUGGCUUCACGCGCAUGGCUGGUACGAAGUCUCCUGAG